AUGAGGGGUUCUUCAUUGUUUGGGCCGGCGACCGGCUGGCCCUCUCUUUUGACUCUUUUACCGACCAUCAACGCCCUGUCAUUCGAGUCGGUCUCGGUUCCGGAACUGGACCUGUCCUCGCUGGGACAGGUAUCAAUCACUGGUGAUUUUGAUGGCGUCUCCUUGUAUCAGUACAAGGGACAAACCGAAUCUAUUGCUCAAGAUGGCACCCAAGCCCUCCUGACCCCGCUACCGAACGGCAUCCUCACGGACCUUUCAUCGUCCGACGCGCAAAUCUUCGCCAUGUGCCCUUUCACUCAAAAAGAUGGCACCUUCUCCGGGAUCUUUGUCGGUGGUAACUUCACCAGCCUAGGAGGAGUUGACUCGCCCGGCGCUGCGCUUUUCAAUCUCAAUACUAGCAAGGUCACUGCCUUGCCGGGUCUAUCAGGCUCGGUAGCUGCUGUGAUUUGUGAUCAGGAAACCAACCGGGUCUAUGUUGGAGGAGAUUUCGCCUACGACAACACAACUAACGCUGUUUCGUGGGUGCCUGGUGAUGGAUGGACUGAUUUGCCAUUCAAUGGCUUGAACGGUCCCGUUAGCUCGAUCUUAAAGGCGGACAAUGGCCAUAUCAUAUUUGGAGGAUCAUUCGACGCUCUCGGAAACAGCACAAGCUCUUCGAAUGAAAGGCAAAUUCUCAACCUUCAAAAUGCGACCGUCACCUCCGAUGCGGACUCAUCCCUUGACGGUUACUCCGACCCCCGUAACAUUAUCUGUUCGACUAGUGGCAAGGCUGCCAGAGGCAGCACAUAUCUUCUGCACGAUUAUGCGCCAGGAUUUUGGAGAGCGGACCUCGGUUUCGAUUUCUUCCCGACUAAGAUUCGCCUGUACAACACUCAUUUGGAUGGACGCGGCACCAAGGAUUUCUUGCUUCGAGCUCUGCCCGACAAUGGUAUCAUGAAUUUGACUUACACUGACGAGUCUGGAAACAAGGCCAGCUGCGACUCGUCCUGCCCGCUUUCCAGCAGCACCAGUGAGAAGUACCGCGAGUUCACCAUGGUCAACCCUGUCGGCAUGCAGGGACUUCAGAUCGAAAUUUUAGAUUGGUAUGGACAGGGAGCUGGCCUAAACGGCAUUGAGAUCUUCCAGGACCAAAUUCUCACAUACGCCAUCGAUCAAUACAACGAACCGACAUGCGCAGGCAUUGAAUACCCUGCCAAGUCAACGCGGACUGGCGAGUGGACUGUUGAGUCCGGAUAUGUGUCUGCCAAGGUGACAAACUCUGAUGCCUCGACCACUUCCGUCACUUACGAGCCCGACAUCAAAAAAUCCGGCAACUAUACGAUCAAGCUAUACACACCUGGCUGCACCCAGGACAACACCUGCAGCUCGCGGGGUAUUGUGAAUGUCACUGCUACUCUUUCGAGUGGUUCUGACUCAGCCCAGCCGGACCCGUCGUAUUUCUCCCAGACUAAUAACUACGACAAGUAUGACAUCUUUUAUACUGGUUACGUGGAUGCCAACAGCGAUUCUUUCCGACCCAAGGUCACUGUGCGCGCCAAGGAUGGCCAAGGAGAUAUCACCAUUGUGGCGUCGCGUGUUCGCUUUGAGCUGUUGUCUAGCACAGGCGGCCUCAAUGGACUGUACGAUUAUGACCCGACCUCCAAGACCGACACUACGGACCUCACCAACUCGGACAUCAACAAGGCAGGCACUUCGCUCAAUCAUAACGCAACUAUUUCCAGCAUCAAGGAGCAUGACGGCGUAUACUACGUCGCAGGUAACUUUUCCGACAGCAACAUCCAUAAUAUCAUGUCAAUCACCGAUGGAAAUGCCACUGCUCUGUCUGGUGCUGGGUUGAACUCUCCAGUGCUGGCAAUGGCCGAGCUCGACAAUGUUCUCUACGUAGGAGGUCGCUUUACUGACACCUCAGAUGGAGGUGUGAACGGCCUGGCACACGUUGCUGCGUAUUCGUUCUCUUCGAACAAGUGGUCUGCGUUGGGUGCAGGACUGAACGGUCGAGUCAGCUCAAUCUGGCCUGUUGAGUUGAAUGCAUCAACCGCGAUCAAUGAAACUAUCAUCGCUGUGAGCGGUGACUUUGAUCAGAUUCUUGCCACCAAUGGCAACCCUGCAGUCUCAGUCGCUGGGUUCGCCAUCUGGGUCCCUUCCCACAAGGACUGGAUCCAGAACCUUAACGUUACACAGAUGGAGUUCGGUGGUCAACUGUCCGCUGUUGCUACCCACAACAAGACCCUCAUUCUGGCUGGCAACCUUGCCACAAACGGUAUCACCGCUGGUGGUGCGGUAUCGUUGCUUGACUCCGGGGACUCACUUGUUCCUCUGUCAAUGAAGAUCAACCACAAGAACUCGAGCACAGGCCUCAUCACCGGCGCUUAUGAUACCGAUUCGGACCGCAACCUCACCAUCUACGGCGGUCACUUCACUGCCGCUGGUAGCAAUGGAUCUUCCAUCGAGAAUAUUGCCAUUCUUAACGGCACCGAUGAGACCAUCUCAGGUCUGCCGCAAGGGAUUGACAGUAACUCAACAUUUGUUUCGAUGCUCGUGUACAACAACACCCUCUACGCCGGUGGAAACGUCACUGGAAACAUCAGUGAUACCUCGCUCGGUGGUCUCGUGGUGUACGAUUUGGCCGACAAGGAAUACGCAUCGAUCCAGCCGUCUUUUGGAGGCCACAAUGUUGCUAUUAACUCCAUCGUGAAGCGCCCGAGCUCGUCUGAUAUCUACUUCGGAGGAAAUUUCAAUUCUGUUGGACAGUUCCCGUGCCCUUCUGUUUGUUAUGUUGAUUCCACCACCAAUCAGUGGAAUCGCCCUGGCUUGUCUUUAAGUGGCACCGUUGUAGAACUCCAAUGGGCCGGCCAAAAUUCCUUGAUGGCUGUGGGUGAUCUGAAGGUCGUGAACAAUGAAACCUCAAUUGCGACAUACAGCACAAAGUCCGAAGAAUGGACCGCUUUCACUGGAGCAUCCAAGUCAGAGAUUCCUGGAAAUGUCACUGUAUUCACUCCCGCCAGUGAAGACUUGUCAAAGUUCUGGAUUGGUGGCACGUCCACCAAUGGCUCUGCUUUCCUCUUGAGCUACGAUGGAUCUAAGUUCCAAUCCCCUGGAAGCAUCUUCUCCGAGGGCACCAUCAUUCGCGGCAUGGAAAUUCUCCCUGUCAGCAAGGAUCAUUCCGCGGCCUCUCUAUUGCGUAAAGACCAGACUCUGUUGAUUAUGGGCUCUCUCGUGAUCCCUAGCUUUGGAAACGCAUCCGCAGCGUUGUACAAUGGAACUGAUGUGACCCCCUUCAUCCUUUCCUCGCAAGCCAAUGGCCAGCCGGGUAGCAUGUCCAAGUUCUUCUCCCAGAACCAGAACACCUACACCACCACCACAAAACACCAUUCUAAUGGUAUCGCUGUGUUGGUAGCCUUCUGUUGUGCCCUCGGCUGCGUCUUCCUCAUCGUUCUGGCCGGUGUUAUCCUGAACAAGGUCCAGCGCCGUCGCCAGGGCUACGCAGCAGCACCCCAAACCUUUGGCACCGACCGACCAUCCGAUAUGCAACGCUUGCCACCAGAGUAUCUUUUCAACUCACUCCGCCAGCCCAACCCCGGUGCUCCUGCAAUUUAA